UUUCGUCUCCGACGUUUUGACAUGUCUGUUCUUCAUGUACAUUAUCUUUUGAUCUAUAACUAAAUUUUUAAUAAUUACAAUAGUUUCUUUAUGUUUUUCAUUAAAUUCUAAUAGUUCAACGACAUCCGUAAUUAAAUAGAAUGUCAAAAAUGAAUAUUAAAGAUAAAGACAACAAAACGUCGAUCGACAAACUGAAGCAAUUCUUUCGUUUCAGUAAAGGUAAUUAUAAAAGCCGUGAGGAAUUUACAUUAACACCGGAAAUUGAAAAAGAAAUAAGUUCUGAAACGCCAAUUACUCAACGUUUAAAAGCAAUCAAAGAUCUUUGUGACAAUGUUUUAAAUAAUCAAUGGGAAGAAAGAGCAGCAGAAAGAAUGUGGCACCUUGUUAAAGAUUUACUUGCAGAAGAUGUUGCACGUGAGCAUAGGCAUAUUAUACUUUAUUUUUUACGUUGCCUUGUACAAGGACAAUAUACAAAAAUAUCGUCCUUGAUGAGAGUAAAAUUUUUUACAAUUGUCAAAGAUUAUAAAUUUCACGAAGAUGUUGGUCCUCGACUUGAGUUAUUACAAAGUUUAACAGAAAAUGGCAAGGAUAUUUUACAUUUAGAAGAGAUGGGUUCGUUUUUAUUAGAAUGGAUGCCUAUAGUUACUGGAGGUGAUGUUAAGAGAGGAGCUGAUUUUCUCUCCCUUCUGGUUAAUGUUAUCAAAUUUAAUUCGGCCUAUAUAGAUGAAAAUAUUGUAUCAGGACUAAUUCAGAAUAUUUGUCAUUUAUGUUACUACAGUAAUAGUCCAAAGGUAGUUUUAGGUUGUCUUGGAGCUUUGGAUGCAAUUGUUUGUUAUAGUAAUUUACAACCCGAUUCGUUAGAAACUUUUAUUAUCGCUUUAUGUCGCAGUGUUAAUGCUGAAUCGUUUUGUGAAAUUAGUUGGAAGAUCAUGCGACAAUUGUUAGGAACUCAUAUGGGACAUUCUGCUUUAUACACCAUGUGCCGUUUAUUGCAAGAUCCAAGAUUUCAACGGGAUGUUCGUUUAUUGCGUGGCGCUGUAUUUUAUAUUAAUAUGGGCCUUUGGGGUACAUGUAGAAUUCCCAAAUUAGAAUGUACCGCCACUUCUGUUUUGCCAUCAUUUUAUGAGGCUCUACGUUGUAAUCAUCCAAUUGUUAUGUACGAAGUUACACUCUCAAUUCAAAGGCUGGUACAAAAAUAUGGCGUUGAUCUUCAGGAACCAGCUUGGAGUAUUAUUUUAGACAUUAUAGAAGACGUUAUUGCUCACGCAGAAACCAGUAAUCAAGCCUCAAAAUCUCAAGUGUCGACAAUUUUACACGAAACAAUUAAUAGUAUCGAACGACUACUUUAUGUUAAUUCCUUCAAUGGUUCCAUACAAAGGUUUUACGAAUUAGUAGAAAAAUGUUCAGACGCACGUCCUGAGGAAUCAAUUUUGAAAUUAAUUGACUAUAGAGCCUCAUUUGUAAGUCCAACUUAUCAUCAAUGGCAAUAUAAAUUGGGAUUAUUAAUGGAUCGUUAUUAUAAAGUAGAAACAAAAACAAAUAUUAGAUUAAAAAUUCUCGACGUCUUAACGAAUGUCAUUCAAGUUAAUAGGUCAAGGUAUGAAGAUGAACUUAUGGAAAGAGUUGUCGUGCCUCAUUUACAAAAUAUUGAACAAGACUCAGACAUUGUAAUACGUAACAAGGCUGCUAAUCUUUUAGUCGAUCUAUGCUUUGAAUGCGAGACAAAAAGAUGUUUAGAAUUAUUAGAUAUUUUAGAAAAGAUUAUCAAUAAACCUUUCACGUCAGAUGUACCAAUAACAUCAGAAUUGGAUAUUAAAGAUGUGAAAACGGCUAUUGAAGGGGUUAUUAAGAUUCUAACGUUGAAAUUAUAUCGUUUGCCUUCAAAUCACGCGAUUCGGGCUUAUAAAGUUUUGACAAAUCAUUUGGAACAACAUUACAAGAACCCUUUUGUCUUCCAAAAUGUCUCUGUCAUUCGAUAUGACAUUUUCGAAUGUCUUCUCAAAUUUCGAGCAAACGAUCUCUAUCAUUUGGGCUAUCCUAAUUCAUCAACUGGCACAAUUUUACGUUUCAGUUCAUAUUUAGCAUUGGAACAUUCGUCAAACGAUAAAUUGAGUACUGGUAGCGGUGGUAGUAGUCCACCGCCAGCUAGUCCAGCACCUCUACAACAUUUAUCAUGUCAUAUAACACAAAUUUCUUUAGCUCACGCAUGUCGAGCAAUAAUAUCAUGUAUAAGAAACGAGAAAGAUUGGAAAGUUUUACAAAUGAUAUUAAAAGAAUUGCCACAAGUUAUGCAAAAUCGUGCAUUAAUAUUAUCACGACAAAGUAGCGAUAUACAUGAAUUGACAAGUGCACUUUGUUCAAUGGUAAGCGAUAAAACAUUACGCCUACCAGAAAGUUUAAAUAAUGUACCAUUAAAAUUCACAGUUUCUGAAUUUAAAACACACGUUUUUCCUGUACUCUCAUCAUUAACAUCAUAUCAUGCCUAUUUACAACCAAGUCUACAGCAACGUUUAAUUCAAUGUUUAGAAGUUGGAUUAACAACACGUUGCGCAAGUCAAUGUGUAACAAGUUUAACAACAUGUACAUUAGAAAUGCGUGAUGCAAUGAAUAAAUUAUUAACUGAAGUUUUAUUAAAUUUAUCAAAAAUAUCAGCAACUGUACAUAUUGCAAUUCCAAUACUUGAAUUUCUUUCAACAUUAACAAGAUUACCAAAAGUAUUUGCAAGUUUUAUUGGCGAUCAAUAUAUGUCGGUUUUUGCCAUAUUAUUGCCAUAUACAAAUCCAUAUAAAUAUAAUCAUUAUACAGUUUCAUUGGCUCAUCAUGUUAUUGCCGUAUGGUUUCUUAAAUGUCGUUUACCAUUUCGUCGUGAUUUUGUGAAAUUUAUAACAACUGGAUUAAAAUCAAAUGUCCUGGUACCAUUUGAAGAGGGACAUUUAAUGAAACCUGAUUUUAAUGUAAUGAAUGAGGAUUCAUCGAAUCGUAAACGAAGUUCUAGUUUAACGGAACAGGGAAGUCGUGGACGUCGUGAGAGGCCAAUUAUGACAAAUCGAAUGAUGGGAGAAAAUCGUGCAUUAGAUUUAAAACCACCGAUUGAUGAGGCUCUUAUGGAUUUUCAUGCUGAACUCACAGAAACUUGUAUCGAUCUUAUGGCACGUUACACAUUUUCCACAUAUUCAGCGAGACCAAAAAGACUUCCAACCGCUGAUUUUCUUUUAAAAGGCGGUCAAUCAAUGACAUGGCUAAUUGGACAUAAAUUAAUAACCGUAACAACAAGUGAAUGUAGCAAUAAAGCAAUGAGAGGUGGUCUUUGUGAUAAUUGUUGGGCAAUUUGUAAAGCAACACCACCAACGCCUGAACAUUCAAAAUCAAGUCAUGGUAGUUUAUGGCGUGCAUCAAGUAUCGAUGGUGGUAAAGAAGAAAAAUUAUCAAGACAAUCAUCGGGUGGUCAUGUUAGUUCAAAUGCAAAUACAGCGACAAAUUCACCAACUGAAGAAACAAAAAAAUUAUUCGAUGAAACUGAUUCAACGAUAAAACGUGAUGUGCCUUUAUUAGAUGCAAAUGAUAAGGAACAAUUGGAACCAUCGAAAUUAGAACAAAUACUCAAUAGUGAAAAACAAGAGGAAUUUGAACCGUGUGCAUGUUGGUGUCAAGGUUGGGCGGAAAUUUAUGUACGACGACCAACUGGCGAUAUGUCAUGGAUUAUGAGAAUACAAAAUUCAAUUAAUCUUGAGAAUACCAUUGAUUUUCCUGUACACGAUAUUAUUUCCCUCUAUAUGCCAACGGACGAUAUGAAUUCACAAAAAACACAAGAUUUUUUCACCGAAUUUUCUGGCGACGAAUUGGAGCAAGAUGUGCAGGAUUCAAUUGUUGAUCAACCGCAAUAUGAUCAACAAAAUUCAAUGAAAUUUGGUACAUCAUCGGGACCAAUUGCUAUUCCAGGAUCACCUGCACGACCAAGUCCCACACGACAGAGUUCUCGUGAUAGUUUGGAAAGUUUAGAAGAAGGCGAAGAAGACGGACGUCGAUCUCGGAAUCCCGUUCGUAGAUCUAAUUCAAGUCCCGAAAUGAGUGCAAAUUGGAAAAAUCCAUUUCUCAAUAAGGACAAAUUAGUUCUUCAGCAGGCUGAGCGCGAUGUUGCGUCAUCAAAUGAUUUUGAGAUUAAAUUGGAUACGGAUUUGAAGAAACAUGUAAAAAAUACAUUCACUAAAGACAUGAGAGUGAGCUGUGAAGCGAUUCCAGAAGAAAUGGCUGGAAUGGGAACGACACCACCGUCUAAUGAAAAUACAGGUGAUCAUCCAACGGGUUUACGUUCUCAACGUUCCUAUCCGGGAAUUUCUCAACCUACAAAUCAAACAUCAACGGCUAAUUUAAGUAAUACUGUUCCACCAUCGCCAACUGCAGUUCAGGCUCCAAUAAGCUUUCUGACUGCCCAAAGUCGAAAUCCAGUGAUUCAGGGACAAGUUUCAAAACCACCUCAAUCGCCAACACAACUUUAUUCGUCACGUUUGUCAAGUCUCGAUUUAAGUCAACGAUUAGUCGAUUCUAAGCCUCCAAUUGGAAGAAAUCUUCUAAUUGAAAAGAUAAAAGACGAAAAAUCGGAUCCAUCAACGUUACCACCUCUCGCUUUUCGUGAUAGAGGUCAUACAAUUUCUGUCAUGAGUCCCGUGAAAGGUCCACGUGGUGAUUGGGAUAAUAUUCGACGAGGUAAUUCACCGAGAGUCAAAGAAUCACCGAGAAAUGGAAUAAAUCCUAGUUCCGUGUUUUUGCAACUCUAUCACAAGGCCUAUUCAGGAAGUGAGAAACCAUUAUUGGUGCCUUCAACGAAAAAGAGAGCAAUUACAAUUUUAGAUAAAAUACAUCCAUAUGAAACACAUAAAAUUGGAGUUCUAUACAUUGGUCCAGGUCAAGUGUCCAAUGAAGCGGAAAUUUUAGCCAAUCAACAUGGUUCGACGCGAUAUACAGAAUUUUUACAAAGACUUGGCACAUUAGUGAUGUUAAAAAAUGUCGAUGAGACCUCAAUUUUUCUCGGUGGUCUCGAUCGUUUGGGCGAACAUGGCACUUUUACCUACAUUUGGCAUGACGAUGUCACUCAAGUUGUUUUUCAUGUUGCCACGUUAAUGCCAAAUAAAGCAGGCGAUCCAAAAUGUACUUGGAAAAAGCAACACAUUGGAAAUAAUUAUGUUAGCAUUGUUUACAAUGAAAGUGGAGAACCUUACAAUAUACAAACUGUCAAGGGACAAUUUAAUUAUGCCUGCGUGAUUAUUCAGCCUUUGGAUCAUGGUACAAAUCAAGUAACUGUUCAAGCGAGAGAGGAACUUGCUGAACAUAUUGGUCAUAGUGAGCCGAAAAUUAUUUCUGAUCAAAAUUUAGCAAUUUUAUCUAGACAAUUAGCUUUACAUGCAAAUCUCGCUUCAAUGGUCUCCUCAUCCCUUAAACAACAGGGACAAAGUCCUUAUGCAUCGAAUUGGUUGGAGCGUUUGAGAAAUAUUAAACGUUUACGAAAGAAAUUAUUACAAGAAGCAAAUGGAAAUAAUCCAAAAGAAGGUGGUACAAAUGACGAUGUACCAGCAAAUUCAAAUAAACGUGUCCAUGUGGAUGAUUUUACGGUAUAUACAACAUUUUCGUAAAUACGUACAAAGAACAAAAAAAAAAUAUGGACACUGUAUUUUGUACAGAAAGUCCCGAAAUCGUUAAUUAAUUAGUGUCUAUAUUAAAACACAGAAUAUUAUUGUAUAUUCAAUUUUUGAAAAGUGCGCUAUUUCUAAUUUAAUGCAGGAUGAUGAAUUAUGUCGUAUUUCGGGACAUUUAAUGUUAUAAUUAUAACUUGUUAUUAUUAAAAAAAAAAUUUUUUUUUGCUUUAAAAUGUAUUUUUUUAAAUUUCAACACCUCGAUUAUUAUUGUUUAAAAAACAUUUUUUUAAUUAUAUAUAAAUUUUCAGCUUUCUGAAAGAAAAAAAUUGUUAACUUCUUCUUUAAAUUAGGGUUAUUUAAUUGUUUUUAAAAAUAAACAGAUAUGAAAAAAAAAUUAUUCAUUGAAUUUCAAAUUUUUCAAAUUUUGUUUACAUGCCCGGGGCACAGUUUAAAGGUGUUACUGCCCUAAAAUCAUACACAUAACCUAACACAAAGAAAUCAUUUUGACAGAUUGAGUGCGUGAAUAUGUACAUAUAUUUCUGAUGUUAAUGUUUUUUAAAUAAUUUUCAAAAUUUUAAAUAAACAAAAUAGACAAGA